AUGUCUCUCCAACCAACCGUGAUCAUCGUCGGGGCGGGCAUCGGUGGCCUAGCUUCUGCAGUGGCACUCCGCCAAGCUGGCCACAAAAUCAUCGUGCUGGAAAGGUACAGCAACAAGCGCGAAGUUGGCUUCGCCGUAAGUUUAUCUCCCAAUGCAAAUAUGGUCCUACGAGACCUUGGCGUCGACUUUAAGAGUGCUCGUAUGGUGUACUGCACCGAAGAGGUAAUCAUCCAAGCAGCACCAGCAGAACAGCCAUUUCAAGUCUUAUGGCGGAAAUCGUUGGCCAAUCUCGAGGAAGAAGAGGGUGCAGGUGUGCCAGUGGAAAUUGUGGAGGGAGUUUCAGCAGUGCAUUUUGACGCUGCGGGCUCGAUUACACUGCAUAAUGGGGAAAUGCUACGGGCGGAUUUUAUAGUUGCGGCCGAUGGCGUGAAAUCGAAAGCCCACAGAGUCAUUAUGAAAGAUGGAGAAGAGAGGCCCGCGACGCUGACAGUAAGCAACGUGCGGGUUUGCAUGCCAACUAAGGUACUCAUGGAGGAUAAGGAAUUAAAGGAGUUUAUGGAGCUUGCGCCCCAUGGAACCUCCCCACUCUUUACCGAGUACAGCAAUCUCCUCCAAAACUUCGGCUUCUACGCCGUCACCGACAACAACCAGCCCGCCAACAAACAGAAAUGCAACAAGCAGACGGCAAAACAAGUUGCCUGCGACCACAUCAAGACCUUCCACCCUUCUCUCCACAAAAUGCUCGACUACUGUGAUGAAGACGACAUGUACCUCUGGAAAGUUGCCGACCGCGAGCCUCUGCCUACGUACCAUAAGGACCACCUUAUCGUCCUCGGUGAUGCUGCACAUCCAAUGCUUCCGACCUUGGGCAGCGGUGCGGGGAUGGCAAUUGAGGAUGCAGGAGCUCUAGGCGUGGUUAUGGAGGAAGUCAAGGAUGUGGGCGAGGUAGCAGGAAGGCUAGAUUUGUGGGAUCGCUUGCGGAGACCAAGGGCGAGUGCAGUGCAGCUUUUGAGUCGCACAGUCGCAGUGGAGUACGACCUCAGUAAAGAGACACAGGAUAUGGUAAGACAAUAUCUGUCAGAGGAGGAACUUCCCGACUUUACACGGGCAUGUGUGAAUAGGAUGUUGUUUAGAUACGAUUACUUGGGGGAAGCGAGGAGGGCGAUGCAGGACAUGACGGAUUCGGCGAUUUGUGCCAGGAUCAAACACUUUGGGGCCGCACAUUAG